GCCCUGCCCCCAGCCAGGGGGGCAUCCCAGUUGGCGCAGCGUCAAGAAUGCGGGAGGCAGGGACACGGGAACACGGGAACGCCUUCCCCCUCUCCCUUAUGACUCAAGAUCAAUUCCUGGCGGCCUGAGCUGGACGAGGGUUCCCGACACUGCGGAGCGGCCCUUGCUACCCCCGCGCACUCGGCGACUUCGCGGUGCAGUCUCUGCCCCGCCUGGGAGAGUUCGCUGGGACGAGGACGGCGUGGACCCGAGGUCUCCCGACCAGUUGGAAAUCGCCAUCAUGUUUGCUGUGGUGAAGCCUUUCAAAGGUCAGAAGUACCACGACCUCAAGCAGGAGUGCCUCAGAGAGCGCCGGCUCUUCGAGGACCCAGAGUUUCACGCCGGGAACGAGUCCCUCUUCUUCAGCCGCCGCCUGCCGGGCCCAGUAGAGUGGAAGCGUCCUAAGGAUAUCUGUGACAACCCUCACCUGUUUGUGGGUGGGAUCAGCUCCCACGAUCUCCAUCAAGGGAAGCUUGGGAAUUGCUGGUUCGUUGCAGCCUGUUCCUGUCUGGCCCUCCAAGAAUGUCUCUGGAAAAAGGUGAUCCCCGAGGCAAAGAAGCAGGAUUGGGACUCCCGGAAACCGGAGAAAUAUGCCGGAAUAUUCCACUUCCGCUUCUGGAAUUUUGGCGACUGGACUGACGUGGUGAUUGAUGACCGCCUGCCCACCAUCAAUGGGGAGCUGAUUUUCUGCCACUCCAACGUGCCCAACGAAUUCUGGAGCGCCCUGCUGGAGAAGGCCUAUGCCAAGCUGGCUGGCUGUUACGAGGCUCUAGAUGGUGGGAACACCGCGGAUGCCAUCACGGACUUCACCGGAGCCGUGUCCGAAUCCAUCGACCUGAGGAAAGGCAAUUACGGCAAGGUCCUCCUGGAGCAGGCCAAGCUCUUCGAGGACCUGCUCAAGGCCCACAACAGGGGCGGGCUCAUCAGCUGCUCCAUCCUGCCUGACAUCGCCAAUGAGCGCCUGGGAACCACGGAGCAGGGACUGGUGAAGGGCCACGCCUACUCGGUGACCGACAUCCGCAAGCUGCGUCUCGGGGAACAGCUCCUGGCCUUCUUCAAGGCGGAAAAGCUGUUCAUGAUCCGCAUGAGGAACCCAUGGGGAAGGCGGGAGUGGAACGGGCCCUGGAGUGACAGCUCUGAGGAGUGGCAAAGAGUGAGCGAAGCGGAGAGGAAGAACUUGGGACUCAAUGUGACCGAUGACGGAGAGUUCUGGAUGGCCUUCGGGGACUGGUGCAACAGCUUCACCGACGUGGACAUAUGCCGCAAUCUGAACACCUCCAUCUUCAGCAUACACAAGACCUGGGAGAAGGCCAUGGUGCGAGGGGCGUGGCUCCACGACGAGGACCCCCUGGCCAAUCGGGCUGGUGGCUGCCUCAACAACCGGGCCACCUUCUUGCAGAACCCCCAGUACGUCUUCAACAUCAAUAAGGAAGAGGACAAAGUCCUGAUCUCACUGCAGCAGCGCGACCAGCGCCCUUACCGCAAGGACGGCCGGGGAGACAACUACAUCAUCGGCUUUGAGAUCUUCCGGGUGGAGCUGAAUCGGGAGUACCGGCUCCAUCAGCUGCAGGUCCAGGAGAGGGUGGCGGGCUCCACCUACGUCGACUCCCGCACCGUGUUUCUGAGGACCGUCCUGAAGAAGGGCCGCUACAUCAUCAUCCCCACCCUGUUCCAGCCCGGGGACGUCAGCGAGUUCAUCCUGAGGCUGUUCACCGACGUCCCCUCGGAGCUCAGGGAGCUCAAGCUGGACAAGCCCGAGCCCGGGUGCGCCAGCUUCCUGUGUGGCUAUCCCCAGCGCGUCACCCAGCUGAGCAUCCACAGCGUGGAGGGCUUAAACAGACACGGUGGCUCAAGAAAUGCCAACCUCUACCUCAUCAUCAAGUGUGGGAAGGAAAGAGUCCUGUCGUCUGUGCAGAAGGAGUGCAUGGACGCCGUUUUUGAUACCAAGGUUAUAUUCUACCGCAAGGAUAUCAAGGAUCCCAUCGUGGUCCAGGUCUGGAACAAAAAGCUUCUGUGUGACCGAUUCGUGGGCCAAGUGACCGUAGUAGGUGAGCCAAGUGACUCCCGGGAGCUGCGGACCCUCCAGCUUAGGGACAAGGGUGCUCCAGAUGCCCCACCUGUGACCGGGCAACUCAGCCUCAAAGUGGUGUCCACCGAUGACCUCACGGAGCUCUGAAAGCCAGGCCCCUGCCUCCCUCCGGCACCUUCCCUGGCGGAGUCUGUCUUCUCUGUCGAAGGCGGGGGAGGAAAGAUGGGGAGAAAGGGG